GCUACGAUACCGAGCGCUCGCUUUACCGAGUGCCCGGAGAAAGAAAGAAAGAGAGAGAGAGGUUGUGGAGGUUAGCUACAAAAAUAACGAGAAAGAGAAAGCAACAAAGAGGGCAGCGGAACAAUAACAGCCAUCAGUCUUAACCGCGAUAGCUCACAUUUAUUUAUAAUAUUUUGAAAGAGGAACUUUUUUAUUAUUAUUAUUAUUAUUAUUUACAUACAUUUUUUUUUUUUAAAGUCAUCGGUAUUUGAUACGGAGUUAUUUUCGAGGUCUAUCGAUUCGAUUUAGUCGGAUUUUAUACUUCACUCACAGUUUCCUGCAGACUGUGAAAGACUGAAUUUUAUUUCUGCCUCCAUGGACGCCCGUCUUAAUCAGCUCAUUCGCUUUUUCGGGGAAUAUUUCUGUCCUGGCCGUGAGGAGCACCAGAUAAGCGCAAUGACAUACGUCAAUAAAUAAGCGGUGAUUCCACAGAAGAUCAAAGCCGCGGCUUUUUUUUACAGAACGCGCAAUUAUAGCAAUAAUUCUAUCAAGAGGAUGAAGUAAAACUCCCAGCAGCUUCUCACUUCCGUCAGUGGACCAUACAGGACGUCAAUUCACUUCACUAAUGGGAACGGAUUAGGAGAGGCGCCUUUAAGACGAAUUUUAAAUGCUCAUAAACUUCGAUAUACAUCCUUAUUCACGGUGCGAGGCAUUCAGUCAACUGCCAAACUCAGUUUUUUGUGCAUUUCUGCCUCUGAUUGGAACAUUUUGACAGUCAAGCAAGCAGCUGAACUGUCUAGUGGUCUCAAAAGUUAUUAACUGGUCGAACCUGGGCUAGGUGUUACAACCAAGGUAUGUCCAGGCCAAUUUCUCAGCUAUUGCCACCCGACCUUCCAGCAGGGACCAGCCCCCAACUCGGACCUGCAAACCCUGCAGGUACCACAACCAAUGGCCACCUGAAUAAUUCCAUGGCCAGUCUAAAAUCCCUUCUUCAGUUGCCCAUUAAAGCGGACCAGAGAGGAAAAGACUGCUGUGAGAUGAAAGAUAAAGAAAAACCUCUGGAUUCUGAAGAGGAUUCGUUGGGUGGAGUAGGAGGCAUGAAUGGCGGCAACGGCUCCAUGCGUUCCACCAACCAGUCCGCCUUCCUUGGACCAUUGCUAUGGGAGCGCUCAUUGCCGUGUGACGGUGGCCUGUUCCAGCUACAGUAUAUGGACCUGGAGGAGUUCUUGACGGAGAACGGAAUGGGGUGCAUGCCUUCAGGAAACACUUGCAGUACUGCCGCUCAGGUCCCUUCCCAGAGCACGCAGUCGGCCGUUCCCAGCCAGAGCUCUCAGUGCCCCCCAUCUUCCUCUCCGCCAUGCUCUUCCUCCGCCUCUUCCAUCUCGUCCCUUUCUUCUUCAUCUUCAUCAUCCUCUUUGCUGGGUUUGGAUGUGCCGCAGGCCCCUGGACUGCUGGGAGGUCCGGAGUGUCAGCAUGGAGCUCAAACUGUACCACCUGAUCCUUCUCCAAGCCCCUCCUGCCCACCUCUGCCUGUGGUGCCGCCCAACAACGCUGCUGAUGUCAUGGUGAACUUUGAUCCUGACCCAGCUGACCUCGCCUUGUCUAGUGUGCCAGGUCAAGAGGCAUUUGACCCACGCAGGCAUCGCUUCUCAGAGGAUGAGCUGAAGCCUCAGCCCAUGAUCAAGAAGGCCCGCAAGAUGCUGGUGCCCAAUGAACAGAAGGACGAUAAAUACUGGAGCCGGCGCUAUAAGAACAACGAAGCAGCGAAGCGUUCUCGCGACGCCCGGCGGCUGAAAGAGAACCAGAUUUCUGUCCGAGCUGCUUUCCUGGAACGGGAGAACGCCGCCCUCCGACAGGAAGUUGCCGAUAUGCGAAAAGAACUGGGCCGCUGUCGCAACAUCAUCAACAAAUACGAGAGUCGCCAUGAAGACUUAUGAAAAGGAUAGAAGGAGAACAGAAAAACGAUUUUGAAAUAACGUUGUUCGGCUCAUCAGGAAUGGCAUUUUCUCUUAGCAUUUGUUUCAAAUAAGCACUAGGAUACUCUAUUCACAAAUUUACAUUUCUUUAUAAGUGCAGGGAUCGGUUGAAUUAGGUGGUGUGGUGCUUGGUUGAAUCAAAUACUUCAAAAUUCUGGGUUAAAGUUGAAAAGCCAUAUGGUGUAUGGAUGUCCACAAGGUCUACAUGUAAGCACAAGCGUAUUUCAUAACCCCGAAUCCUGACUGUGGAUGUGCAAUCUCUCAUAAAUACUCACGGAUCAUAAACGCAGAUGAUUUAUAAUGGCAUGUAGCCCUUGUGAACAUCCUUUUCCUAUAUAGGAUGAUUUUCUCAAAGAGAGAAUUAUAUAGAAGGUGGUAGAGAUGUAAUUUUUUCUAUGACAAAAACAUUGUAUAUUUUUUAACUGUUAUAAUCAGCUAUCAUUGAAUAGAAGAAAAGGAGGAAAUGUGGACAGUAACGUGAGAGUAAAGAGAUUUUGACAUAGGAAAACUGUAUAUUUUUAUAUUCGCAGAGGCAGGCAGGUGAUGAGAUUUUGGAAAUAAUCUUUUUGUAUAUUUUAUAUAUGGGUGGGAGGGGCUAUGGGGAGCUGUUCUAAAAGAGGGCUAUAUGAAGAAGUUUGUUAAUGAUAUAUUUUUGACAUCAGGAGCAGUUAGGCAGGUCAGGAACAUCAUGACCAAAAGGGACGAAUGUCUAUAAGAGUAAAGAAAAGGAACGGAGAGCUGAGAGGUAAAAUGGGACAGAGAAAAAUAGUAAACAUGAAAACUGUAUAGUUUAAAAUUUUUAAUCUUGGGUUUGUUCAAGCACUUGUUUUUGGUAUCUUCUCUUUGAUUCCUUUUCUUAAAAUUCAUUGUGUGUUUUUUUUAUCCUGUGGUGAGACGGGGAAGAGAGAAAGAGAGCAAGAAAAACACUGAAAGAGCUUUUCUUUGGAAAGGCUUUGUUCACACUGCACAUACAUCCGAUUUGGUUUUUCAAAUCCAGUAUUUAGGACUGUUUGCCAUUUUGCAAGUAAUGAAAUCUCAUCCGCUUGCUAAGACAGUUUAGUCAAUAUCCAGUAUAUAUGCUACAGUAAAUCAGUUGCCAUAGUAAUGACUAAGCGUCAACACGACACUAAGAGACGUAAGAUCUCCGUCAUCACCGUGAUCAUGCACAUCAUCAAUAAAUAUCAACAUAAAUAUCAAAAACAUAGUGAAUGCCACAUGUGAGUUUUCAGAUUGAAAUGCAUUUCCAAAAUUCAAAUUGUAAUCAUUAUUUAAAAUUAUUAACCACAUUUGAAUGUGUUUUGGCAACAUUAUCACACUGGAACUCGUAAUGUUGCUAUCGAAUGUUCCAGUAACCUAACAUCGACCCCAUUCUGCCAAGUUACUGCGCUCCCAUCACCUUUUCAUGUGGCACUACUGAUUGCAUGUUGCGCAAGCAGACUCAGAGUCACAGGUUUUGGUCUUGGGGAACCAUGAAUUAAUUGCGUUCACAUAAUCAAUGAUAAACGCGUUACCGUUACCCUCUAAGAUUACUUUUUUACUCUACUGAGCGUUAGGUGUAGGGUUGGGGUUUGGGUUACGGCAUAUGGUUCAUAAAAUAUGCAUUCAUGCUGUCAUUUACAAGUCGCUUUUGGCACCACUCUGUGGACAUUUCACCCGGAAACUGGAGCUAACACAUGCCCAUAUGUUCAAAAGCACUUCCAGAUUUGGCCACUAGGGGCAGUGGUUCGAAUUUCUUUAAGCACAGACCAAUUUCAUCUAAAGAACUUUUGACAUACUGCCACCAAAUUCACAGUGAUACCAGUCUGGGUUUGGAUCAGGUUUUAAAAAUCUUUUGGAAAAACAACUGAAUGCAUUUGAGUCGGAUACGCCAAAAAAUCGGAUUUUUUGCAGCCUACCUGAACAAAGCCAAUUGUGGGUAGUUUCUUUCAAAUGUGCACACGAUUUUUCAAUGUAUAUAUUUUAAUGUUCAAGCAAAUAUGUUCAUACACACACAGACACAGUUUUUAAAACAAACUGGAUCUGGGUUUUCAUGGCCAGUCACAUACAUGCACAGAAGAAACUCGUAAGAAUUCAACAAGUAUGAACUGUUAAUAGUGACAGCAAUAUUCUUUUUCUGUGUCUACAUCUCUCUCUUUCGCCCUUCCUCGAGCUUUUGAUGUUGUGAACUGCAUUGGGGUUGGUAUGGCAUUUCUCACCAAGGUUAAGGCUGUAGCGUGUGGGUUGCAUGCUGGCGCAUACUUGCGUUUAUUUUGACGCAGGAAAACACUUGUGUCCUUUUAUAUGGUGCUCACCCAGUCUCUCGAUCCAAACUCACAUAACCCAAUGCAGUUAUAACCUGUUUGCCUAUAAACUUUCUUUCUUUAGUUUCUUAUUAUUGAUCAUUGUAUGAGGAAUCGUAUAUAUAGACCUACACAAGUAUAUCUAUACAUCUCCUCGAAAUUAACCUCACAUCCCCAAAAAAGACAUGUACCCUAAUACUACUGUACCAUACAAAGUACAAUAUUAUAUUAAAUAUUAAACUAUUCUCUCACUAGAUAUAUGUGUGUACAUGAGUAUAUGCUUGAAUAUGUGACUAUAGAUGUAAUUUGCAUAACUUGAAUAUAUAAAUGUAGUAUAUUUCCGAAAAAAGACCUGAUUGAUCAGUUUUCUCAGGCGUCACCACGCUGAUCAGAAAAAUUGUGGCUUUUUGGUUGAUUGUUCUCCACAUUUUUGAAGCCAGCUAACAGUGGCUGUAUAGUUCCAGAGAAUUUCACAAUGAAAUGAAUAGUGCACUACCAACUAUUUUUGGAGGAAUAUUCUGGUUAAAAGAAGAAAAAAGAAAGAAAAAAAAAACAGUGCUGGAUAUAUAACUUUAUUACCUUUUGUGUAGGAAUUAAAUGUCUUUUCCUUUA